AUGGCUCAGAGUCCCCGGCUUGCUGCCUUUUCCCGUAUAUGUGGAAUGAUUUGGUUCUCAAUUGGGCUACAUUGGGAAGCUCUUAAAGAUGCUCUUCGUCAAGACGGUCUCGGUGCACUUUUGCACGUGCAACAAAUCCGCGAUGCCGCCAUGGCCAAGCUGUUCUGCACAACCUCUAGUGGCUUCAUCGCGUUCGAGGAUACCACUGUUGUCCCUUCGCUCGUACAAGCCGCGAGUGGCGUGGUCCUCGAGCUAGGUCCCGGGUCGGGCAAUCAGCUGCAUCGUUUUGACAUGUCGCGCGUCAGUUAUGUCUAUGGUGUCGAGCCCAACCUAUGUUAUGAGAACGAGAUCAAUGCCAAGUUGGACAAGCAUAAUAUCCGUGACAAGUACAAGCUUGUAGCUGCAAACAUUGAGGACAGUGACAAAUUGAGGAGCGUGGGAAUCAGUGAGGGCAGCUUGGACAGCGUCUUGUCCAUCCAGGUCCUGUGUGCCGUGCAGGAUCCCAAGUCGGUCAUGAAGGAGGUGUGGAAGCUCCUCAAACCCGGCGGAAAGUUUAUCUUUUGGGAACACGGAUGGAGCAAGAGUCGCCUUACCAUGGCUGAGCAAGCUAUCCUCAAUCCUGGCUGGAGUACCUUUGUCGGUUGUCGACUGAACCGGGAUGUGUUGGCCGACAUUCUUGACGCUGGAGAAUGGGAGAAUCCGGAUGAGAUUGAGGCACCCGAGGAUCUGGUUAGUUGCUUGCCUAGAAUUCAGGGCGUGCUUGUGAAGAAGGCUUGA